AAAUAUUAAAUUGUCUUUCACCACCGCCGAUCCCCUUCAUUCCUCCUGCGCAUAGGCUCGAGCAGUGCUGAGUAAGCGCUGAAACAUUCCCGCGUGCGCUCUCAGACAAGUCCACACUCGCCACGGUGCACGAGCUUGUGCGCGCUCCCACAAAACCGCAGGAGAAGUUGCCGACAAGACCAGAAUGGGAGGAGGGAGCUCCGGGGUAGGGAAAAAAAACGAGGUUUUAAACAAAAGAUCAGCACUGGGUCUUUUUAGGGUCUCUGUGGGGCUGAAUACAGUAACCAUACGACAGCAGGUCAGUUGUCACCGGAAUUUAUGCCACUUGGUAACUAUGGAGCAGUGAGAGGCAUUUUCCGCGAGGGAAGAAAAGAAAAACAGUUACAUUGUUGCGCUCGCGAAAAGCACACACGCAGCCAACUCACGCUGUCCCGAGAUAUCCCUCCGCACAUUCCACAGACGAAAGGCACGGCACGACAAAUUAGGCCUUAGGGUUGGAAAAAUGGCACAGAAAAUAUGUAAAGUCUUCGAGCCAUUUACAUGUUUUUAGGUUUUCGUUUAUUUAAACAUUGUUUUAAGUCGAAUAAACGACACGUUCGAUUGUGUAGCCACACAACGUUCUAAACAGUUCGAAAAGUUCUAAACAGAACAAUUUGAUUCAUCACUGCAUUUUACUUACGUUUGUCUCAUUUACAAAUAACUCCCUUAAUUAUUAAUGAAACCAACUUAAUAUACACGUCUUUUUCAUUUAAGAGAUUAAAAAAAAAGUGUGGGAUUAUGUCAAGGUUGUUUGUGUAAAUCCAAACAGUAGGAUGAACCAAUGGGCACAGUCUGUUUAAAGAAGUUAGGCUGUGUGACGAAAUAGUGGGAUGCUAUUCAUGCGCGCUGCCCGGGGGAAAGGUGUUCCGGUCGGGGAAAAAAGCCACAGAGGAAGAAGAAAGGGGGAGGAAGGAAAAAUUUGGAAAGAAAGAAACUCUACGUUGAACAUUUUAGCAGAGUUUUCCGGCGUAGGGUGCGCAGUGCGUGUUUAUCUAUGCGAAUAUGUUUGGGUGAGCGAUACGCGAACUUCCUCUCUUCGACUCGCUGCAGUGGGAUUUUUUUAUUGUUACGCGCUUUUGAAGACUUCCACUUUUGGGGGAAUAAUGGUCAUUUUCUUUCAAACUGGACUGGACAAAGCGGAAAUUCUACGGGACAACGAGAGGCUUUGAUAUGCCUUGUACUUUUUUGGCUGAGGAAUAAACGCUGUUGAGUUGGUGGAUACGCACGACUCAUUUAUCCGCACGUUUUCAACUUGUCUUUUUGAAAGCCGCUAGUUGAGGCAGGAAGGGGCCGCGGUGUAUGUUUAACUCCAAUGCAAUCAAAGGAAACCGCGCUGGAAAUGUAUUUAAACUCUUUUGUUCUUUGUUAAACAACCAGCGGUGCCGUUUAGAUAAAUCCACAGAGACAAAAACCAAGUGGUAAUUACAAGACUUGCAACAGUGUUGCGGAUGUGACUGCGAGACUCGUCGUUUGAAUGGAUCAGUUCUGCGCGAGUCUGGGACGAGAAUUAAAGACUCUUUGAAGCCUGACGGUUGUUCCCACUCGUUCAUUUGCUCACCGCCGAAGACAAGGCCACAAGUAGCUGCAAAAAAGGAUCGCAAACAAAUGGAUCAACAUGCUCCUGUUCACACGCAUGUCCAGCAAAUUCAUCACAAGCAAACAGUUUGGAAACAAACUGCUUGUUUUCAAGUCUAACUAGUACGACAUGUAGCCUGCAGAAAAUGUCAUAGUGUUUUUAUUUAUCUUCAAAGUCAAAUAUUUAUUUUUGUAGCUUAUCAGAAAGUAUUAGUUUUUAACAUUUCUGUAUUAUUGUUUUGUUAUUGAUAUCUUAUCUUUUGGUCUGUUAUCUCAUCUGCUGUUGAAACACUUGAAUGAUGUUUGUGUCCACACUGUAUUUCACUGUAUUUAUGUAGUACCCUAUUUAAACUGUAGUCGUUUUCAGGUGGCAUCUAAGAGAAAUUCAAUUUGUACUUUAUAUUUUAUAUCGUAGUUGAGCUUGUAUUAAAACACAAUGGAUCGACUUAGCAGCAAACUGAAGCAAAAGCUCAAACUGAGUGAAUCUGGAAGCGUCAAAUUCAGCAAAAAGAAAAAUGACUUGGCCAACGCAAAUAACAACAGUAAUAGCAACAAUGCCAAUAUUGGAACACAGAUCAACGCACCCGUGAGCACGUCUCAGUUCCCCCUCUCCUGCUCCACCUCCGUAGAGGUGUGUGGACAGUCAGCCGGAAGACCUGGCAAAGUGGCCGCUUCUCAGAGAAUCGCACCCUCAAAUACCACCUCGGCUGCGGUACCUGAGGAUUGUGGGCCUGGGAUCGAACAUCACCCGUCUACUCUCGCCCCUCUUCGGCGCCGGUCGCCCCAGCAAAGAGCAUCGUGCUACUUGCCUGAAACGGUGGAGGGCCGCAGUAUGUGUGACCAGUUGAGACGAGGCGACUCGGCCAGAUGCGAAGGUGACCCGCUGGGGGCGUACAGCCCGAAUUCUCGUGUGGCCUUGAAGCAGCGCCGUUAUUCCCUGGAGCUCCAGCAGCUCGUUCGCCGCCAGCAGCUUCUCUCCCAGCCUCCUCCAUUGUCGUCUGUACCACCUCCGUACCCGACGCACAGCUCGGCUCCCCGUUCGUCCGCCAUGGAGCCCAGCUUCCUCCACGACUUGGAGCGUCAUAAGCGCUUGUCCCUGCAGGAAGCUCUGUUCUACAAGCGUUUGAGUUCGGGUGGCGAACCCUGGGACAGUGGACGCCCUGCUUCCCUUUCUCAUCCACCGCAGAGGACCCAUGACAGCGGCGUAGGGGGUUUCUUCUUCCCCCCUGCACCAGCGUUGAGCCCCUGCUCUUCUUUCAGCUUACAGGAGUCCGUGCUCGCAAGCCCUCGCUCCAGUUUUGCGAGCAGUACCGCGAGCGGAGGAGGCGGCGGCGGCGGGAGUCCCAUGGGAAGUCGGUGCAGUAGUAACCGGACGAGCGGCAUCAGUUUGGGCUACGACACCCGCCAUACACCUGGACCGCCCCAGCAGCUGCAGCUCUCCUUGACCCAACUCGGUGGCGCCACCUCGGGUCAGGCUUACUCUGUACUGGUAUCAGGGAAAACCGGAGUGCCCCCUGUGGAGGUUUGGAGGGACUGUCUCGAAGCGGUUUCGGGAGGAAGCGCGCACGACAGCCGCCACUCGUAUCCGCCUGCGCUGAGCACGCACACUGCAACCUUCCACCGAGCAGAACCAGAAUGGGGUCCCAUUGACCAGCGGGGAUCGAGAGGUGACGACAUGGGUGAGAGGGCACGACACUCUGACUUGCCAGGAACCCGCUACCAUCAGGAGAUCACCCGCCUGCUAUUGAGAGAUGCUGCCCUGGAAGGAGAGGCGUUACUUGGGGGUUUGACGUUAAAAGAACAACCUGUGUCUACCACCAUCCUAGCCGGCUCUGCAUCUACUCCAGCCACAGCUGGAGUUCCAGGGAAAUCCCUGGAAGAACAGUCAGCUGGAAGGGAGUCGUCGAUAUCUGCGGACAGACAGGAGUACUUCGGUACAUGUGUGAAAUGUGGUAAAGGCGUAUAUGGUGCAGAUAAUGCUUGCCAGGCUCUGGACAGCCUGUAUCACACCCGCUGCUUCACAUGCGUUUCCUGUGGUCGAACUCUCCGAAACAAGGACUUUUACAAUGUCAAUGGCUCGGUUUACUGUAAGGAGGAUUACAUGUUCUCAGGCUUCCAGGAGGCAGCAGAGAAGUGCAGUGUUUGUGGUCACCUCAUCUUGGAGCAGAUUCUGCAGGCUCUAGGGAACUCGUAUCACCCAGGAUGUUUUCGCUGUACGGUCUGCUCAAAGGCUUUGGACGGAGUGCCAUUCACAGUAGACUACCUCAACAACGUCUACUGCGUCUCUGACUACAACAGGACAUUUGCUCCCAAAUGCGCUGCCUGUUUACAACCCAUCUUACCUGCUGAGGGCAGUGAGGAGAUCCUCAGGGUGGUGUCAAUGAACAAAGAUUAUCACUUUGAGUGUUAUCACUGUGAGGAGUGUGGAAAGCAGCUGUCAGAUGAGCCUGGAUCUCAGUGCUUCCCUCUGGAUUCCCACCUCCUCUGCCACUCUUGCCACAUGACCAGGGUGUGCGUCACACAUAACCUUCCCCCUCACGACACACACUGAAAUGAGAACUAACGCACACUGUAAAUUUUUGCCUUUCUAAUGUGUCUCUCUUCUAUGCCAGCUCUACUUUUGAAGAUAGUGAGAGGGGAGGAAACACUCUCCUACUGAGACUUGAGGUCAUAGUACAUUUCAAAUGCAAAUCCCAGUACUGGUACAAACUAUAUCACCCCCUAGUGGCUGGGAAAUGCAGCAACUGAAUCCUGCUGAACAAAAUAUUCUCGGAGUUUAAGAUUAUUGUCGCCUGCUUACUUCAUUAUUAGAGGGAGUUGAAAUAUCACAGAACACUGUUUUACUCCCAUAUCUACUGUUUGCUGUAGGGAAAGAACAAGGGAUUUUUUUUUUUGCUUAACAUUUUUCUAUAUUUAAUAUCACUAGCAAAGAUUUUGCACUUAAACAUGUUUACCUAUUAAGAGAUUUUUUUUUAAAAUAAAGUGAUUGCAAAAGAUUAAAAACAUUCCUGUAUCAGUUUUAAUUAAUAAAUCUCUCUGUGUAUGAAUGAGUGUUAUUUUCUUGUGCAUAUCACGCAUCAUAAAACUGAUGACCAUUAUUAAUGAGAGAAGGCUCCUAUAGACAUGGUUUUUCCAGUCAAUCAUCAUUAAUGGGUUUUAGAUUGUGUCCACUUGUGUGCUAUUGGUCUGAAUGAUUAAACAAUUAUGUUUAGAUUAGAAAUGAAUCAAAAGACUGACAUUUCACACUGGUUUGUAUUCAAUUUUAAGCCUGUGAAAACACUCAGGAUAUAUAGGCAACAAUAUUUACAAUGUUAUAUAUGAACAUUUCAAAGCAAAACUAAAAAUCAGUCUGGAAAAAAAAAAAUCAGUUGACAAGCUGUAAUGAAAAUAUCUGAACAUCAUUUUUAGAAAAUAUCUUUUCCACACCUGGA